AUGGUUUCUCAAGUGCCAAGUAAGGAUUCUAGCUUGAACAAAAAUGAAUGUAAGGAGCUUAAAGUUUCAAAACCUCAAACCAAGCCCUCGAAGAAGAUGAAAUUUGUUUCAUCUGCUGAGAUUGAACCAGGCAGCACGACAACAUUUUCUGAGGAGCCCAAGUCUAGUCAUGGUAUAAACACAAUGCCCAUUAUUGUGAAAAGAAAAUUACAGAAAAUCAAGCUAGUUAUUGAGUACAACAAAAGGGGGAAACCAUAUGGCCCUGCACAUACUGAGAUGCAGUCCUACAUUGGGCAAGGGGGUAAAAAAAUGGUGUUAUCUUCUGCUGGCAAGAAAUGGAAGGAUUUCAAGUCUACAUUAACAAGGCAUCAUAUCCUUCCAUUCAUCAAUGAGGAGGAGAAGUUAAGACAACCCCCUGAAUUAUAUAAAUUCAUAGAGAAAACAGACUGGGAUGCCUUUGAUGAUUUAGAAGAAAGCAUGCUAGGAGUAGAAAUUGAUCGAUCUACCUUGUGGAAGAAAGCUAGAGAAGAAAAACACGAUAACAUCCCCGAUCCAAAGGUUGCGGAGAAAGAAAAAUUAAUUGAUGAAUUGCAAAAAAAAGUCAGUGAAGGCACUCUUACUGUCUCUGGAAGUAAUGAUGUGUUGACUAUGGCUUUGGGUCCCGAGCAUCCAGGGAGAGUUAGAGGUGUUGGGGCUGGGAUUUCCACUAGGAAAUACUUCAAUUUACCUAGACAAGAGAGGGUAAAGUUUGCCGAUCAAUUAAAGGAAAGUGUAAGAGAUGUCCUUAAAGAAGAGACCUUGAAGAUGGAGGCUAGAACCAAGCAAUUCGUAGAAGCUGAGAGGGAGAAUUUGCCGAAUCAGCUGUGCCAACUAAUUCCAAAUUUUGAUCCAAGUGUGUUGAAAUUGACAACUUUCCAAGGUUCUGAGCAAAGUCCCAAAAAUCCAAUGUCGUAUAAAGCAAGCUGCUCUGGGGCACUGGAUGUCAGAGCCCUCAAUUUUGAGGAUGAUAAUUCCAAAGACGGAGAAAAGCAAGAAGAAAUGAAAUCCAAGGAUGCAGAACAGCAAGUUGACAUGACGUAA